GACUGGAAUUCGAGACUUUAGAUGAAACUGAGAUCUCAGUGGAUAAUUCCUUAGCACAAUUUGAAUGUGACAUCAGUGAAGUAGGAAGUAGUGAUGGUGAGCCGUGGGAAGACACUUUACUCAAUACAGAAAAAAACCUUGAUAAUACUAAAUCAUGGUCUGACAUAGUGCCUGAGUUAUUGAAGGCAGUAGAAGUGACUUCAGUACCAAAUUCUGACUCAGAUGAAAUGAAUCAUAUUGACAAGCAUCUAUCAAUGAUUUGCGCAUGUAUUGAGAAGAGGGAUUUCAGCAGCUCAGAAAAAACUUGUUUAAUGGCAGUAGCAGCUUAUUUUCAGCAUUUGAAAACAGGAAUGGCACGGAUGCAGGCCAGCGAAUUAAUUGCAACAGGAUUAGAGUGGAUCAAGCAAUAUAAGGUCGAUGUAUUAGAGAAUGGGCAAAACAAUGGAUCAGAAACCAGAAAAUCUCUACUUCUCAUCGUGACCAGCAUCCAAAAACCAACAGUCUUUUCCAACACGAAGACAUCGCAACUCAAAUUAGUACAUAUCUAA